AUGAAAGAAUUUAAUGAAAUACGAGCAAGCAGUAUACCACCAUCACAAUUGGUUAAAACUGCAUUUGACAAAAAUCCGGAUAAAAACAGAUACAGAGAUGUAUUCUGUGUUGAUGGGACAAGAGUUGUGUUAAAUUACCCACCACAAACAAACGAUUAUAUCCAUGCAAAUUGGGUUGAUGUAGUUUCUAUCAAACAACGAUUUAUCUGUACUCAGGCACCAAAAGAGAAUACAAUAGAAGAUUUCUGGCGUAUGGUAUGGCAGGAAAGUUGUCGUUCAAUAAUUAUGCUCUGUAAUAUCAUGGAAUGUGGCAAAAAGAAAUGUGAACAGUACUGGCCAGCUGAAGAAGGCCAAACUAAAGAAUAUGGAACAUUAAAGGUAACAUGCAACCGAAUAAUUCAAGAAGAAAAAAUGCUAACAAUUAGCAAUUUGGUUGUAACCAAUGGAAGCAAAAAAUUGACAUUGGAACAUAUUGCUUGGAAUGAUUGGCCUGAUCGUGGUGUGCCCAAUAAUUUCUUGGCACCAUUUCGACUUUUACAACGGAUCAAAAAUCAGAUACAUGUUGUCAUUCACUGUUCCGCAGGUAUUGGUCGAACAGGAACAGUUGUUGGUUUAGAUAUAGCAGAUUCGAUGUUCAACGAUGGUAUGAAAGUUACCAUGCGUGAUGUAGUUCGAGAACUUCGUCUUCAACGUCAUGGCUCUGUACAAACUGACAUUCAAUACGUUUACAUACAUCGUUGCAUUUUAGCACUUUCGGAAACUCGAAAACUCAUCAAAAGAGAUGAAAUUGCGAGUUUCUUAAGAGAUUUUGAUAUACUUGCACAUGCUCGCGGUGGUUUACCACCUCCAACCAAAUAG